AAGACGCGCUUCCAAACAGCGGAGCGUAGUUGGGUAAGAGUCUCUCCUCGGUGGACAGAGUGCCUGUGUGCGGGGCAAACAGCGGGAACAUGAGCGUGAGUGUGUGUAAAUCCGUGCUGAUCACGGGCUGCAGCAGGGGAAUAGGACUACAGCUGGUCAGAGAGCUGGCUAAAAGCAGCGACGGACCCCCGACCAUCAUAGCUGCAGCCCGCAACCCGGCGGGCUCCACGGCUCUGCAAGAGCUCUCCAAAACCUACCCAGGUGUUCAUGUUGUGACAUUAGAUGUGGAGAACCAGCAGAGCGUCAGCGCAGCCCUGGAGGAGGUCCGGUCGAUUGUAGGAGAUAAUGGACUGAACUGUCUGAUCAAUAACGCUGCCAUCGGAAUCUCUGUGGACAUAAACACAGUCACACCAGAGGUCAUGAUGAAGACCUUCCAGGCCAAUAGUGUGGCACCGCUGUUUGUCACAAAGGCCUUUUUGCCUCUGCUGCGGACUGCUGCAGCCCAGUCCACUGGGAUGGGGAUCCACAGAGCAGCUGUUAUCAACAUCUCCUCUAUCCUCGGCUCCAUCGCACACAACUGGGGUGAAGGUGCCAACUUUAAAAGCUACGCCUACCGCACCUCCAAAGCAGCACUGAACAUGGUGACAAGGUGUCUAGCUACUGAUCUGGGAUCAGAUGGAAUCCUUUGCAUGUCUCUGCACCCUGGCUGGGUCAAGACUGACAUGGGAGGACCUCAUGCUGACUUGACACUAGAGGAGAGUGUCUCUGGAAUGCUGGCUGUCCUCUCCAGUCUGACAGAUAAAGACCAUGGAGGAUUCAAGGACUACCGUGGAGACAACUUGCCGUGGUAAAUCGAAACACUGGGUGUCACAUAAUCAGAAACAUGCUCAGUUCAUGGUAUGAUCAAGGCACUGUAAACAAUCUGUUACAUAUGCUAGCAUGUCAAAUUCAGGAUGUUCUCAAAUGGUUUGUAGUUAUUGAUGCUUGCAUGUCAGAAAGGUCAAAUCUUCAGGGUGUGCUGUCAAAGUCUGUUCUUGGCCUGUUACUUUUUCCAGCUGAUUUCAGUGACCUGCCUAUUUUUAUAUGUGUUCUUAUGUUUCCAUUCUCAUUUGCUGAUGAUUCAACUUUUUAUAGCUUCACACAAAGAUUUUAGUACACUAAUACAAAAAGUGAAUCUGGAAUGAGUGGUUGUCUUUAUAAUUGAAAAUUGAAAAUACCAAGGCAUAAUUAUGAAAUAGUCAGAAAAAAGUAAGCUUUAGUUCAGUUCAGUUCACAGUCAUGACAAUAGUCAAACUUUAACAGUUAUGAUGUGUGUCUAUUUCUAGUCCCUAUCAUCUGCUGGAGGCCUGGCAUAGUAUCAGUCUUGGUUGAGGGCCCUCAAAAGGUUUACAGGAUUACUACCGUCUUGUCCUGUUUUCUGAAAUCUGAUUUAACAUGGGCUUCCACAUAGUUUACAGGUUCUGCAUUACUAUAACAGUACUGGAGAAGCAAAGAUAAUCUGAAAUAGAUCUGCUGUGAUUGUGACUAAUGGAAAGAAAUAAAUUCAAGCUGUCCAGUGCCAUUUGUCUGUUUAUUUCACUCCAUUCUUUUAAAUCAGAUGAUAGUGUAUUUUGAUGAUAAUACAGUGUUGGUUUCUGAUCAGAGAUCUGAUUUCAUACUUAGAUCUACAGUCAGCAAAAACUCACUGAUCCUCAGUAGCGAUCCAGUUUUAUUUACACAGGAGCAGAAAGAUCUGAUACUUGUACUGGAGGGCGGCGUCAGUGUCUGUCACAAAGAGUUAAAGAAUCAGAUCUUCGGUACCAGGACAAAUUCAGAGUUAGGAGUGUGAAUGGAGCUACGGUAAGGUGACAUUUAGGGCAACAGGAGCAUAGAGGGCAGAAACAUAGACUUGGAUGGAGGGAGGUGAACAGCAGGGAGGUAGAGUAGUUAGGGAUUGGCCAGUUCGUCUGAUGUCACAGAGGAAGGCAGGCUGUCCAAGGCUCCCAUGUCUGUAACACACACAGACUCAGAUAUUAGGCAUUGUUACUGUAAAGACAAGAGGUUUGUCAGUUCAAUCAGUGUGUGUCAAAAGCCUCAGAGUUACUAUGUAAAACUCACCCAAACCAUGUAUAUUUGAUCAAUGUGAAAUCAUUAAAUACUAAAUGUUUCAUGUUUUUGUGCAAAGAUGCAACUACUGGUCAGAUUUCCAUGGAUUCCAUCAUCACAUCCAUUGGUGGAUUCAUGAUGACUUUGGUAACAUCCUGACUCUUCAUCCAGUGCCCACCAUGAGGGCAAAUCUUCCAUAAUAUAUCUUAGAGUUUACUGGACUGGCUCAUUCAUGCCAAGGCAGUUAGUAGUAUGUUGUCUCAUCUAAUACUCUAAUAUUGUGGGUUAGAAUGAACAUUUCAGCCUCUGUGGCCUGUUACCGGACCUUCAGAGGUUUUGUUGUUGAUAUUUAGGAGUCACCAGCAACAACAGCUUUAGAAAAUGUUGGAGCCAAACUUGUCCUGAAGUUAAAAGAUAAGAAGCUUGAUAAGGCAUACCUUUAAGCUUGAGGUACGACAGGAAGUCAAUGAUAGUGUGGAUGAUGUCCUCAUCUGCUAUUCUUAGGGCACCUGAGGAGGCAAAGUGAAAAUUUACAGCCGGUUAUCGUGUCACCCAAUGUUGGCAGGAUAGUGCGAGGUUUGAUGGGUUUCUGGGGUGUUGCUAGGUGGUUGCUUUGGUGUUUGCAAUGGUUGCUGAAAUGUUGCAGUGUACUGGUUCUAUAGUCAAGUUUUAAAUCAUCAACAGUGAGCUGGAGGGAUUUGUUCUGUAAACUGAGCUGUAAAUUGAGAUCACAGUCACAAUCCUAACAGUAGAUCGAUGGAAGAUUGUCCCGUUUCUGUGUGCGAGAAACAGACAGACCUGUUCUGAAGUCCUCUUCCUGACCCAUGUCCCUCUUGCCAGCCAGUCCCGGCUUGUCUCCUAGAGUCCUGUGUCCAUCUAUUCCAUCUGGACAACAAGGAGUGAUCACAAUCGAUACAAGUCAUACAAACAGCAGGUGGGUCAGCUGAGCAUUAGAUUCCACUGGUUGCAGCCCUAAGUUAAACUCACGUGAAACGUCAUGACGUAAAGUUAAACUGAACUUCAACUUGAUAAAGGUAUACGUAUGAUUUUCAUGUUUAAUUUUCAAGAAACCCAUUUGCAGCUGCUCCAGGACUUCAUAUUUUAGCUAUGACUGAAUUCAUUUUAUAUUUGCUUGAACUGAAAAAAGUUUCUCUUGACAACAGAAAAUGAUUUAAUCCACCAAACCUGAACUGUUUAGAUGUUCGUUUAACACAAUAACCACAGAAAACUGACAUUUCCUAAAUAUCCCACUACAGAAGCAUCAUACAUAGACAUACACACACACAGACACAGUGAACACAUGACACACCUCCUUAUCUAAGUCUUU